CCGAUCCAGUAACAUUCGGCCGGCAACCGCGGGCGGAGUAGGUUCAUCCAUUUCUUAGUUAAGCCUGUAUAAUAAAAUAAAAUAAUUAGGGAUAUAGACAAAUAAAUAAAUAAAACAUGCAUAAAGUUAUCAAGGAUGUGAGUGUGAGGAGAAAAGCAGUAAGUUUUUUGAGCAAUACAAACAAACGGUUUUCCACGAAAACUGAUGUGGUGUCUUCGGCUGAUGUCGUGAUUAUUGGCGGUGGUAUAGCAGGAUGUAAUACGUUGUAUCAACUUUCAAAAAGAGGCGUCAACGCAGUUCUCUUAGAAAGGGCCAAGCUUACAAGUGGGACUACAUGGCAUACUGCUGGUCUGGUGUGGUCUUUAAGACCAUGCGACUUAGAAGUGAGACUGCUUAAAGACUCGAGGAAUAUCUACAGCAAUUUGGCUAAUGAAUGCGAAGACUAUGCUGGAUGGAUAAACAAUGGAGGCAUGUUUAUAUCACGGAGCAAGGUUCGAACUCAAGAAUACAUGCGCCUGCACACGUUGGGCAAAGCCAUGGGAAUCCCGAGUCAAAUCCUGAGCCCUGAAGAAGCUCAGAAGAUAUUCCCGCUCCUAGAUCCAUCGGUUUUCCAAAUGGCCCUGUACGCUACCGAGGAUGGCACCAUCGACCCCGCUAUGGCGUGUAAUGCGCUAGUCAAAGUAGCGACGAAAAAUGGCGGCAAAGUCUACGAAGAUUGUCCAGUAUUGGACAUCCAUUACACUCACAACAUCCUCGGGAAUAAGGAAGUGACUGGUGUUCACACUGAUAGAGGAUUUAUUAGGACUAAAUGCGUGGUCAAUUGUGGAGGUGCGUGGGGUCCCAGAGUCGCGAGAUUCGCUGGAGUGCCUGCCCUUCCCUUAAUACCUUUCAAGCAUGCAUACGUUGUUUCUGAGGCGAUUCCAGAGAUUCGUGGUUGCCCCAAUAUUAGAGACCACGACGUCGAUUUAUACUUGAAGUUGCAAGGAGAGACUUGCAGCAUCGGUGGAUAUGAGAGCAACCCGAUUAUGUUGGACCAGGUACCAGACAACCUCCAAUUCCAUUUAUACGACCUAGACUGGGACGUAUUUGGGGUCCAUAUGAACAGUGCCACGACGCUGUGUCCCAAACUUGGCACGGUUGGCAUCAAGAGCACCGUAUGCGGGCCUGAAUCGUUCACGCCUGACCACAAGCCUUUAUUGGGGGAAGACCCUAAUGUCUUUGGUCUGUACCACAAUUGUGGAUAUAACUCGGCCGGUAUGAUGUUUUCUGCGGGCUGCGGUAUACAAAUGGCGGAGUGGAUAAUCACUGGAAGGCCGAGUUACAACAUGUUCACAUUCGACAUCCGUCGUUUCACCCCCGGGCAAAUGUCCCGAGCCCACUGGAUGCGUGAGAGCAGUCACGAAGCUUACGUGCGGAACUACAAUAUUGUGUUCCCUCAUGAUGAACCGCUGGCGGGAAGAGAUGCCAGUCAUGACGCAUUGCAUCAGGAACUGGUGGAUGAUGGAGCGGUUAUGCAGGCUAGAGCAGGGUGGGAGAGACCUGCCUUCUUUAUUCCUGGAGAAAAGAUACGAGUGCAGCAAUACGACUGGGGCGGCACCCACGACUACCCUCGGAACAUCGACCAGCGCUACGAGGAAAUACUCAAGGGAGACCACACUUUCGACUUUUCCAAACAUCAUGAUCUCAUUGGGGCAGAAGCUUUGGCGUGCAGAAACGCAGCUGCGUUGUUCAACAUGUCGUACUACGGGAAAUUCUACCUGACUGGACCUGACGCCCAACGAACGGCGAAUUUGGCAUUCACUGCGGAUUUAUCGAAAAACGAAAACAGGGUAGUAUACUCCCUCUUGCUGAAUGAUAAAGGAGGAGUGGAGGCCGACGUCACCGUUAGUAUUUUGGAUGGAGAGAGUCACAGUGGUCAACUACACGAACCUAUUUUCAAGGGGCGUGGUUACUACGUAGUGACGAGCGGUUUCAACGCGAACCACACGCUUGCUCACUUGCGCAGGAUCAUCCAAACUUACAAACUGAGGGCCAACAUCACUGACGUCACCAAACAGCUCUGUAUUCUCAGCGUACAAGGACCAGACAGCCAACGCAUCCUCCAGCGGUACACCGACGCUGGACUAUCUAACGACGCGUUCCCUGCUUAUACGCACCGCUCGAUCCGCGUGACAAAAGCACCUAACACCGACAACAAAUCGUAUACGUGUCGUGCGCUGCGCGUAGGCUGGUCGGGCGAACUCGGCUGGGAACUCCACGUGCCGUCGUCGCAUGCUAUACAAGUGUACAAGGCACUGAGUCGCGCUAAGGGUCUGAGAAAUGCUGGGUGGAGGGCGCUAACCUCUCUUAGUGGGGAAAAAGGAUAUCACUUAUGGAAUGCUGAUUUGAGAACCGACGACAACCCAGUGGAAGCCAACCUAGGAUUUGCCUGCAGGAAAGACGGCGAAUACAUUGGAAACGAACACGUCACCAAGGCCCGAGCAAAUGGAGUCACGAAGAAAUAUGCAUUUUUCACACUAGAAGAUAAAGUGGCGAUAUUUGGACAAGAAGCAAUAUACAGAAAUGGAGAACCAGUUGGAUACCUAAGAAGAGGCGAUUACGGUUACUAUCUAGAUAAACCCAUAGGCAUCGGAUAUGUCACCAACAAAGAUCACGAAGUCACAAAGAACUUUUUAACUGACGGAAAUUAUGAAAUCGAAGUUAUGGGCAAAAAAUACAAGGCUUCCCUUCACUUAAAAUCACCGUUUGAUCCCACUGGACAGAGAAUACUUGGAAACUAUGGAGAUAGGGGGAUGGAUGAAAAUACGUAUGAGCCACACGCGGGCCAAAAUGAAAGAGCCGGUGGUAGUGAAUAAAAAUUUAAAUAAAGCUUAGACCCUUUUUAUGUUUUACUGUUUAUAGAUAAGUUAUAGGUGUAAUAAUAAAGUUGUAUUUAAUAUUAA